AUGGCGUCCGCGGCUCCCGAGGCGACGGGCGAGAAGAAGAAGCUCUGGGGCGGGCGAUUCUCGGAGGACAUCGACCCGCUCAUGGAGAAGUUCAACGAGUCCCUCUCCUUCGACCGCAGGAUGGCGCAGGAGGACAUCCGCGGCAGCAAGGGCUACGCCAAGGCGCUCGCGAAGACGGGCAUCAUCACCGACGACGAGCGCGACCAGCUCGUCGAGGGGCUCGGCAAGGUGGCCGAAGAGUGGGCCGCGGACGCCUUCGUCGUCAAGUCCGGCGACGAGGACAUCCACACCGCGAACGAGCGAAGGCUCGGCGAGCUCAUCGGCCCAGUCGCCGGCAAGCUCCACACCGGUCGAUCGCGCAACGACCAGGUGGCCACCGACACCCGCAUGUGGCUCCGAGACCAGCUCGUGCUCCUCCGCGGACACCUCAGGCAGCUCAUCGCCGUCGCGGUGGAGCGCGCGGAGCGCGAGGUGGACGUCGUCAUGCCGGGCUUCACCCACCUGCAGUCCGCGCAGACGGUGCGAUGGUCGCACUGGCUCCUGUCGCACGCCGCCGCGUGGCAGCGCGACGACAUGCGCAUCGCGGACCUGAUGCCCCGGGUCAACACCCUGCCGUUGGGAUCCGGCGCGCUCGCGGGUAACCCCUUUGGGGUGGACAGGCAGGCGCUCGCGGCGGAUCUCGCCUUCGAGCGGGUGUGCCCCAACAGCAUGGACGCGGUGUCCGACCGCGAUUACGUAGCCGAGACGAUGUUCUGGGCCUCCGCCACGAUGAUCCACCUGUCCCGCUGGUCCGAGGACCUGAUCAUCUACAGCAGCGGGCAGUUCGGCAUGGUCAAGCUCUCCGACGCCUACUCCACCGGAUCGUCCCUGAUGCCCCAGAAGAAGAACCCGGACGCGCUGGAGCUCUUGCGGGGUAAGUCGGGGCGCAUCCUCGGGACCCUCACGGGCUUCCUCGCUGUGAUGAAGGGAACCCCGACGACGUACAACAAGGACUUCCAGGAGGCGUGGGAAGGUCUUUUCGACACCGUGGACACCAUGUCCGAUUGCCUGCAGAUCGCCGCCGGGUGCCUCGCGACGCUCAGCAUCGACCCGGAGGCGAUGCGGCGGGGACUGAGCGCCGACAUGCUCGCCACCGACCUCGCGGAAUACCUCGUCCGCCGCGGAGUCCCCUUUCGCGAGACGCACCACAUCAGCGGCGCCGCGGUUAAACUCGCGGAGGAUAAGAAGUGCGCUUUGUCGGACCUCACCCUUGAGGACCUGCUCCCGCUGUGCGACAAGUUCGAAGCGGACGUCGUCGACAUCUGGAGUUACGACAAGAGCGCGGAGAGCAGGGACACGGAGGGGGGAAGCUCGAGGCGGAGCGUGCUGGAGCAGUGCGCCAAGCUGAGGCGGUACCUGGAGGAGACGGAGGGGGAGGUGGUGCCGUACUAG